UGCCAAUGGUGUCCAGUCGGGGAGUUUUUGGUGACCCAGUGUGAGCGAGACAGAGAAGCUUCAAUUUGUGAAACAUGUCCUGAAAAACAAUUCAGAGAUAAACCUAACAAUAAGACUUGUUGUAAUGAUUGCACAUUCUGUGCACUAGGAAAAGAAAUAGUCAAAAAUUGCACCAAAACUAGUGACACAGUUUGUAAGUGUCCUCCAGGCAAACAUUGGCAUGAU